AGACGCAUAAUCGUCUCGACGAGGAGGAGAAGGAAGCGAUCGAGUUAUCUAUCGAUCGAGAAAGAUCAAUAUAGCGUAAUUGUGCUGUAAUUAGCGACGGAAAUAUAUAGUUUGGAAUUGCGGAAAAUAUUCGAGUAGAACAAGUGCUUUUCUGUGUACGAAAGUCUAUCUCGAUCUCGACUUUGAGGCCCACUUCCACGGUCCACGCGCGUGGAAGAUACAUGAUAUAAACAUAUAUAUAUAUACAAGAUACCGCGCAAUCUGCUGCGCGUCUGCCUAGUCCUUUGAGAGAGAUACCUCUCUGUUGUCUUAUAUAGAUAGAAGCGUGUGAUUUGAAACGAAAGACACACGUCAACUGUCAAAUGACAUGGAGGAGUCUACGCAAGUGAUCGAUUUGACCGACCACCAACAGCAUCAUCAAUAUCACUAUUAUCAGCAUCAUCAUCAUCAUCAUCACCGUUACCAUUAUCAUCAUCAUCAUCAUUAUCAUCGAGGUAGAACACCAUCCGUGGGUGAGAUUGAUGAUGACGAGUGCAGCACCGACAGUGGCUGCAGCAGCGGCGGAAGUCUCAGAAGCGGCGGACGUCUGUCGCGACGCGAUAGCAACGAACGUUUAUGCAGAUCCAGUAAGUCCUCUCCCAGAACGUAUUGCUACCCGGAGCGGCUGCGAAGACAAACGACGCGAUCGCAGGAGCGGCUCAACACUAGCGUGCAGAGAUCGUCGGAGCGCAUUUGGAGCCUUUCCGAAGACGUCAGGAGUCUACCUCGUGGUAGUACCUCACCCUCAUCCUACUCCUCCAGUCCUUCGGACGCUCACAGCAGCAGCGAUAGCGACUCCCUUAAGAGGUCCUCCACAGCGGAGACUCUACGACGGGCCUUUCAAAAUCUCAAGAUUACCUCAUCCAAAUUGGAUAACAACAAGGGGAAGAAGCACGCGAAGAGGAGCCCGAAGACGAUUUUGCGUAGCCCGGUGCACUAUAUAUAUGUUCGAGGACCAUCCGGUCUACCCACUCAAAGGAUUCCCCGAAACUCCGUUUUUCAGCAGAAAACUAUACACUCGCGCUCCUACCAAGAUCUUUAAUCGAUUACACACACACACACACACACACACACACACACAUCGCUGGAAUUUUUUUUGAAGUAUUUGAACGCGCAGGACCAAGAUACAUUCCUCUGUCAGAGAAAAUAUUAAGGACUAAAAUAUUAAGGAUAAGACGCGCAAUCAAACGUCGCCUUUUGACCGUCGUGCUCGCGAUAACGUAUCUCGUUUUUACGUAGUAUCAUCGACGACGUUAUCUUUACAAAUUCUGAAUUUGCAUGCGGCGUAAAUCAGAAGGUAUAUCCGUAAUUUCUAAGCUUUUUCUGCUUUUGUUUUUCCUUUUUCUCACUCGAUAUUCUUAUUCGAGUUCACAGCUUGCUCGACUGUCGGGACAUUUUUCGAGACAGGCUAGGUUCUUCUCUUUUAAGUAGUAUAAGUCAAGCGUAACGUCGACUCAACGUGAAUUCGCUCGAAUCAGCGAAACGAAUGACAAGAAAGGCAACAGAAACACAAUUAACGUACAUAAAGAGAGAUGAUGUUGAAUUAAAUAUAUGCACAAUUAUUAUAUUAACUGCAGAUGAUCCUUGAUACCGGAUACAGAAAUUAUUUGCAUAUUAAAUUACGAAAUAGUAGU